CGACCCGGAUCUAAGAUGGCGGCAGCGGGAGGGCGCUUCAGGAUGGCGGCUGUCGCUUGGGUAGUUCUUUUCUUGGGGGCUGUCUGGGCUGUGGAUAGAAGCAACUUCAAGACCUGUGACCAGAGCUCCUUUUGCAAGCGCCAGAGGAACACGAAGGCUGGAAGCUCCCCUUACAGGGCCCUGCUGGAUUCGUUGCAGCUCAGCCAGGAUUCCAUGAAGAUCCAGCUUGUUAACGAAGCAAACAAGGUGCCUCUCCUGCUCGAAUUGUAUGGCUUGAAAGGGAACAUGACCCGGAUCCGGAUCAAUGAGCUGAACCCGCUCAAGCCCCGCUACGAGGUACCGGAUGUGUUAAUCGGGGACCCACCAACUACCAGGUUAUCGGUCAUGGGUCGGGACGACAACAGCGUGGAGCUGUCCUUGGGCGAAGGGACCCACAAGUUAAUCCUGACAGCCAAACCGUUCCGCAUGGACUUGCUGGAGGGGCGGGAGCUGGUGCUGAGCGUCAACUCCCGUGGGCUGCUGGUCUUUGAGCACCUGCGCUUAAAGAAGGACUCUUUCUCGGAUAAAGUUAGUAGCACGGUCGUUAGCAUGUGGGAUAGGAUCAAGAACCUUUUCUCUAGAGCGCCCUCGAAGGAGCCAGCAACUGAAGAGGAAGGGGCUGCCGAGGCCUCAGACGCCUCAUUGCCUACGGAGCAGGAAUCCACUGAGAGUGAGAAGACUGAGGAAGCCUCCAAAGGGGCAGAUGAGGCCGAAGAGGAGCCCGGAUCGUGGGAGGAAACGUUCAAAACCCACACAGAUAGCAAACCUAAUGGUCCAACAUCAGUGGGGCUAGACUUCUCUCUCCCCGGUGUAGAGAAUGUGUACGGCAUCCCGGAACAUGCAGAUAACCUCCGUCUCCGGACAACUGAGGGAGGAGACCCAUACCGCCUCUACAACUUGGACGUCUUCCAGUACGAGCUCUAUAACCCCAUGGCCCUGUAUGGCUCAGUUCCUGUCCUCCUGGCCCACAACACCCAGCGCACCAUGGGGAUCUUUUGGCUAAAUGCUGCGGAGACUUGGGUGGACAUCACCUCCAACACAGCUGGCAAGACACUGUUUGGGAAGAUGCUGGACUACAUGCAAGGGGGAGGCGAGACCCCUCAGACAGAUGUCCGCUGGAUGUCAGAGAGCGGAAUUGUUGAUGUGUUCCUGUUGCUGGGGCCGUCCCCUAAGGAUAUCUUCAGGCAGUAUGCAUCCCUCACAGGCACCCAGGCCCUCCCUCCGCUCUUCUCCCUGGGGUAUCACCAGAGUCGCUGGAACUACAACGACGAGGAGGAUGUGAAUGCCGUGGACAACGGUUUUGACGAGCAUGACAUACCCUACGACGUCAUCUGGCUGGACAUCGAGCAUGCCGACGGCAAGCGCUACUUCACGUGGGAUCCCAACAAGUUCCCCCAUCCCCGGGAAAUGCUUCAGCGGCUGGCAGCCAAGAGACGCCAGAUGGUGAGCAUUGUGGACCCUCACAUCAAGGUGGACAGCGGCUACCGAGUCCACAAUGAGAUCCGCUCCCGGAACUUUUAUGUUAAAACCAAGGACGGAAAUGACUACGAAGGCUGGUGUUGGCCAGGCUCAGCAGGGUACCCCGACUUCACCAACCCAGAGAUGCGUGCCUGGUGGUCCAGCAUGUUUGCCUAUGACCAAUACGAGGGUUCCAUGGAGAACCUCUACACCUGGAAUGACAUGAAUGAGCCCUCUGUCUUCAAUGGUCCAGAGGUGACCAUGCACAAGGAUGCUGUGCACCAGGGGGGCUGGGAGCAUCGUGACAUCCACAACCUGUACGGAUUCUACGUGCAAAUGGCAACGGCCCUUGGGCAGGUGCAGCGGUCGGGCGGUGUGGAGCGGCCCUUCGUUCUGACUCGAGCGUUCUUUGCAGGCUCGCAGCGCUACGGGGCUGUGUGGACAGGGGACAACGCAGCUGAGUGGGACCACUUGAAGAUCUCCAUUCCCAUGUGCCUGAGCCUGGGUCUUGUGGGCAUCUCUUUCUGCGGAGCUGACGUGGGUGGGUUCUUCAAAAACCCAGAGCCAGAGCUGCUGGUGCGAUGGUACCAAGUGGGAGCUUACCAACCCUUCUUCCGGGCACAUGCCCACGUGGACACCACCCGCCGGGAACCCUGGCUGUUUGGCGAGGACAACGAAGCAUUGAUCCGUGAUGCCAUCCGCCAGCGCUACGCCCUGCUUCCCUUUUGGUACACUGCGUUCUACCACAGUUACCGUACAGGCGAGCCCGUCAUGAGACCCCUCUGGGUGGAAUAUCCCCAGGACGUUACUACAUUCAGCAUUGAUGACCAGUAUCUUCUUGGUGAUGCAUUGCUGGUUCACCCAGUAACCGCUCAAGGAGCCCGAGGCGUGCAGGUCUACUUGCCUGGCAAAGGAGAGGUCUGGUAUGAUGUCCACACCCACCAGAAGCUUCACGCUCCUCAAACCCUCUAUUUAACAGUCACCAUGAGCAGCAUCCCAGUGUACCAACGUGGCGGUAGCAUUGUGGCCCGGAAGGAGCGAGUACGGCGGUCUUCGGAUUGCAUGCAGAAUGAUCCUUACACCCUCUAUGUGGCCCUGGGCCCCCAGGGCACAGCAAAAGGGGACCUCUAUGUUGAUGACGGGCACACGUAUAAUUUCGAGACGAAGGGGCAGUACCUACAUCGCCGCUUCAGUUUCUCCGGCAACACACUGACAGCCAGCUCUGCAGACCCUAAGGGCAGUUAUGAAACUUCAGCAUGGAUCGAAAGGGUGGUGAUCCUGGGAGCUGGGAAACCAGCGGCUGUGUUCCUCAAACAAGCUGGUGUAGCUGAGACCCGCCUGGACUUCACACAUGAGGCUGAAACAUCCGUCUUGACCCUCCGCAAGCCUGCAGUCAACAUUGGUGCAGACUGGAGCAUUUCCUUGCGAUAAUGCUAUGAAGCAGGGGGGCAGUGGACAGAGGGGGGUUGGGAGAGACACCUGCAGUGUUGGGGGAUUCUAGGCCAGCCCCUUUCACUGGAGAAAGGUGUCAUAAACUAGGCCGGUAGCUCCCCUCCUGCGAUGUCUCGAGUCCAGUGUCCCAUAGCAGACAGGCAUGUUUGAGGAGGGGGCAAUCCGAUUGCUCCCUCCCCCUUGCCCUUCAACCCUAGCUCAGACACGGAUUUUUGGGUGGCUCCCAUAGGUUAAUUUUUAGCAAUAUUUGCUGUAGAAUGAAGAAUCUCCAGGUCAAAGUUGGGUUAGUCUUGGUUUCCCCCACCUCUGUUGGGGGUGCUGGUGGUGAAGGAAGGAGGGAACCCCUUUCUCUUCCCCUUUCCUGGACAUGCAAUACUGGGACCAGCCUUUUGAGUGGCUCAGCCUUUCAGGGGUGGAUGGAUGGUAGGGAUAGUUUAUUCAAACUGAAUUUUUCGUUACCCAUCUCUCCUUUACCCCCUCCAUUCUGGCUGGAGUUCCAGGCAUGUCUGGACCAAUUAAAAAAACGAUUUACCUAGGCAAGGGUUGCCUUUAAACUCCUUUCCUUGCCAACAGGUGAAUGUAUAGGGAGCCACUUUUUUAUUAUUCUCUUUAUGCCUCCUGGGCGCAGCCUCACACCAUAACCAAGGGGUGAUAGAUACUACUAGAUCAUGACCCCUCCUGUCACCCUUCCUGGCCCCCAAAAGUUCUCUCUCUCUUUCUCUCUCUCUCUCUCUCUCUCUUUCUCUUACACACACGCACUUCCUCCCAGAUCUCUUAAGGUGUAAGGGAGGAGGAAUAUUCUGUGUUUUUUGGGGGGAGGAGGGGUAGGUGUUUCUAGGUGUCAGUGAAUCACUGUCACUUCUAUUUAUAUUGGGGGAGGGAUGGAAGAUGGAUCAUGUGAAAGGAAAGGGUGUUGCAGGUUGGUUAGAAAACUGCACCCUGGAUUGGGAGGAAGGGAAAGCCUAAUUUUUUUGUCUUGCACCAGAACUUAAGAAAGAAGGGGAGAAAAAAGGGUGUACACAAGCUGCUAAUAAAAUGGUCCCCUCCCCUGCUGGAAAGAGAAAAGAGGGGCCAUCCUUGAGAGCAAACUGCCUGGAAUCAUUCCUCCAUUGCUGCAGCGCCUCUCAUCUCCUGCUUCUGGCAGCCAGCUGUUGGUGCGGCCUCCUUCAGCCCAGACUGCGUGGCUUUUUUUGGCCGUCUUUUUGUGUGUACGUGGAUUUAACAUUCCUGGUUCUGGCCAGUUCUCCCAUGUUGUAUGUUUGCAGGCAAAGACCCAGAGCAAGGCUUUUAAAAUUCUCAAAACAUUCUUUAAUGUACACACCCACACAACUUUUUUUUCCCUGCCCUUCUUGAUUGUGAUUUCAUCUGCAGGUAGUGCUUUUACUGACUGGGUGUUUUGAUAAAAGAUGGACAAUUAAAAUGAAAAAAAAAACCUC